AAGAGCUUUGCGCGUCUUAUCUUACCCGCUUUACCAAUCGUGAUGUACAAUCAGAUGCGUGCGACUUGAUUUACUACCUUCUAUACUGUCCGCAUACGCACAUGUGUUCUAUCGCCUACAAUAGCUGUAUUUUGUUCUUGGUCUCUUGGGUCAACCUUGGCCUGGCAGAAGGGGUUGGUGGCAGCCAAAAAUAAGCGGGGUUGACCUGACGUUUGAGAGGGCAAAGCGGGAGAAUUCGUUCCUCAGGCAAUAUUAUCUCGUGGCCAACCCUGGAACCGAACCCAGCAAUUGGAAAUUGGGAGUCAAACCCGCUCAUUCAACUCGCUCUCGUGCUUGCACCACACAACAAGCUGCUGCCGGUGAAGCUCGGCGCGCUUCAUCAUGGCGAUCAACUAUCUAAUCCUACUUUCUCGCCAAGGGAAACGCCUGGCUAAAUGGUUUACCACUUUGUCGCCAAAGGACAAAGCCAAGAUCGUGAAGGAUGUCUCGCAGCUUGUGCUGGCGCGGCGCACUCGGAUGUGCAACUUCCUUGAGUACAAGGACACCAAAAUAGUCUACCGCCGAUACGCUUCAUUGUUCUUCAUUGCCGGCUGCUCCUCUGACGAUAACGAGUUAAUCACUCUCGAAAUCAUCCACCGAUACGUCGAACAGAUGGACAAAUACUACGGCAACGUGUGCGAGCUCGACAUUAUUUUCUCUUUCACCAAGGCCUAUUAUAUACUCGACGAGCUCCUGCUGGCAGGAGAGCUGCAGGAGAGCAGCAAGAAGAACGUCCUACGCUGUAUUUCGCAGCAGGACGCGCUAGAGGAUAUGGAGGUCGAGGACGAAGUCACAAAGAUCAUGUAGAGGAGCAGCUCCGCUGCACCCUCAAUUGAUCCCCUUCCUCCCCUGCCCUCGACGAACGCUUCCCGGACAUUGCGGCGGAUCAAUUUUUCUGGCCGCGAAAUGACUGAUCCAUAUUGACACGACGGACACAGGAGAUGGAGAAGAUCGAAAGCUCGCUCAAGGAAGUGGGGUUUCUGUGAGACCGCAACCGCUGUAUGAUACCCUCUAUGACGACGACGAAGCCGAGC